CGCCGUCGUUUGGAGGGUAUUGAGGAGACGGCGCGCGCGCGUAUUGGUGCCCCCGCAUAACGUGCCAGGCGGCGGCAAAUGUUUUGCCCCUUCAGUCCACAUUUCAAAUAAAAACACGUAAAGCCAUCCGACACAAAGCAAUCCAUAAAAUUACAUUACUAGGUUUUUAUGUAACUCUUAAUUCGUUUUUCGUUUGAACUCUUGAAGUAGGUACUCAAAUACCAACUACUCUGCGUGUACCGAAGUACGUAUCAUCGGCUUUGCGCACGCGCACGCGUCCUAGAUGACUUAUCGCAAAUCGCGGUACGCAUCGUAUUUCGCGCGCACGCACUCACUCGCCGACAGGCGUACAAUCAAAAAUCGGUGUAUCGGAUUGUUGGGAUUCCGAUUAUAAUAAUAAUAUCAUUGUAAUUAUUAAAUCUUGUAGUGGCCGAUUGUGAAGAACGCCGAUUUUAACCUCUCUUGACCGCGUAUCUACCUACAACUUUUUAAAUUUACACAGUAACUACGCACACGCGCGCGCACGGAAACCGAAGUGUUUACGCGUUUUUGGUCAAUUAUUAAUUUCAUUAUACUAAUACUUAUUACCUAUUAUUAUUUCGUGCCUGUUUGUAUUGAUAUAUUGUUGUUUUAUUAUUUUAAUAAUAUUAAAGUUACAGUGAACCGCGUUAACGCGACGUCGAACUGCCGAAAACGUUUGUUGUCGUGACUUGUGGUCCGUACUCACGUCUGUUGAAGUGUUGAAGGUGUGUACCAUUGUACCGCUGUCUGAGUUGUCACCUCGCCGUAUAGGUACUCAAUAGUACUGUACAUCCUGCAUCAAGACACUCGAGUGAUAUGUCAGUAAAGGAAAUGGAUACCAUUCAAGCUUCAUCUAGUGAAAAUAAUUUGAAGGAAGUUCUGAAAUCCAAUGAUUGUGAACCAACACAUUUUAGAAAUAACUCUCACUCUGUCAGAAUACUGGAAGACUUACAAUCUCUACGCAAAAAUGAAGUUCUAUGUGAUGCUAGAUUUAAAACAGAUGAUGGUAAAAUUGUUAUUGGACAUAAAAAUGUUUUAAUAGCGGCUAGUCCAUAUUUUCGUGCCAUGUUUAAUAAUUUUGAUGAAAGCAAUAAAGAUAUUAUUCAUAUAAGAGAAUUGGAUUCAACCAUUUUACAACUAUUAAUAGAUUAUGUUUAUACUGGAGAAAUUAUGGUCACACAAGAAAAUGUACAGGUGUUGUUGCCAGCUUCACAUGUCUUACAGCUAGAUUUUGUGAACAGGGCAUGUGCUGAGUUUUUACAAAAACAACUGGAUGUAUUAAAUUGUAUUGCUAUCAAAAAAUUAGCUGACUUACAUAACUGUACGGAAUUGAUGUCGAGUUCUGAAGCAUAUAUUAAACAAAAUAUUUUAGAAGUGAUUAAAGGUGAUGAUUUCCUAUCUUUAUCCUGUGAAGAUUUGGGGAAUCUUAUUUCUUGUAAUGACCUUGCUGUUCCAUUUGAAGAAAAAGUAUUUGAUUGUGUUAUUAAAUGGGUAAGACAUGAUUUAGAUCAGAGAAAAAAUGUUUUGCCACAACUAAUGGAACAUGUACGAUUGCCAUUAUUAAGGCCUGAUAUUUUAGAUAAUGUGGUGGAAGAACCUCUUCUGAAUAAUUGUCCUAAAUGUAGAGAUUAUGUAUUUGAAGCAAUGCUCUUUCAUCUAAAAAAAUCAGUUCAACAAUUCACCAUGCCAAAAACAAUUAGUUAUACACCUAGGCAAUUUGGUGGUUCUCAAAAGGUUAUUCUAAUGUUCAUUCGGUCUGAUACAUUUCCAAAGUGUUGUACAGAAUGGUAUGACCCAGUAACAAAUCUACGAGAGAAUGCACCAGGGAUAAAUGAGUGUCGUCAGCCGGCUGCUCUUUUUGUAAUAAGAGAUAAAUUUGUGUUUUCUGUGGGCGGUAAAUCUAAAUCUGUUUUUAUGCUUGAUGUAUCUUUAAAAUCACCAUCUUGGGUUCCAAUGGCUAACAUGUUAGUUAGUCGAGACUGGUUAGGAGUCGGAGUAUUAGGUGAUUCCAUAUAUGCUGUCGGUGGAUAUAAUUGCAAUACCUUAGAUAGUGUGGAGGUUGGUGGUUCUAAUCGUAGUGAAGCCAGUUUAAAAUCUGUAGAAUAUUAUGAUCCUACACUUGAAGCAUGGACGCCAGUUGCAGAAAUGUCUGUGUGUCGUCGAGGUGCUGGUGUAGGUGUCUUGAAUGGGCUUAUGUAUGCUGUUGGUGGUCAUAGUGGUCAUAAGUAUCUUAAAAGCGUUGAGGUUUAUAGAUCGAGUGAUGGAGUUUGGUCUUCCGUAGCUGAUAUGGAAACACGCCGAAUGAAUCCUGUAGUGGCAUUAAAUGGCUUAUUGUAUGUUAUGGGCGGUAAAUAUUAUAAAUCUAUGGAGGAUACUGUAGAAAUUUACAACCCCAACACCAAUACUUGGACCAUGGAGAGAUUGUCAAGAAAUAGAGGACGAAUUUAUAGUGGAGUAGUUGUUGAUAGACCACCAAAUUUUAUUAACUAA